AUGAACGGUCCAGGUGAACGUUCUGGAGGAGUGCUCACGCUUCGAGCUCGAGCGCUUAUUAAAGAAGGCAAGUUACCGGAUAAGCUCUGGCCCGAAGCCAUCGCGACAGCGGUGUAUCUACUGAAUCGUACGCUAACGAGGUUGGAAAGUGGGAACUGGAUAGUUCCGUGGGAAGAGGCUCGACAGUUCGUCGAUAAAUCAGAGCUGCCGAAGACGUCAUUGGCGAAUGGGCUUAAUGAGCAAGUAGAGAGUGUAGAUUCAGGAAGAGAUGCUCUAGAACUAUCUCCAACGGCAGGGGGUGUAGAUGACGCGCAGGACCCAGCCAAGGAUAUGCUAGACAUGCCACCACCUACCGUUGAAGAUAGUCCUGAGCAGGAUAGGAUAUAG